UGUUUUCUUUCACACAUUUCCGCAAACUUUACAAGCAUCCGUAGCCUCACCUUCAACCGGGGUUUGUAUGAGUUUUUAGGGCUUAAAGUUGGUAAAAGAAUGAGUGCCAUGAAACCAAACGACGCCGCUCCCACCGAGGACAGCGGAGAGGAGAAAGACUGGGCGGCGGCCAAAGCUUUUUUUGACAAUCUCAAAACAAACAAACCGAGACCUCCCAAGCCCCGGUAUGCGGUCACCAUCGCGGUCUCGUCCCGCACCCUCUUCAACAUGGUGGCGGAGAGGAAGAUCUACGAGGACGAAGGAAUGGAGAAGUACGUGGCUUAUCAGGUGGAGCACGAGAACGAGCCGCUGAUGCCGGGAGCCGCUUUUCCCUUCGUCAAGGCGCUGAUGACCGUCAACUCUCGACUGAGGCAGCUCUACCCGGACAGCGAGGAGCUGUUUGAUAUCGUCCUCAUGACGAACAACCACGCCCAAGUUGGAGUACGCCUCAUAAACAGCAUUAAUCACCACGAUCUGACCAUCGAGAGAUUCUGUAUGACCGGAGGGAAAAGUCCAACAGGCUACCUAAAGGCCUACAUGACAAACCUCUACCUCUCCAAGGACUCUGAGAAAGUCACAGAGGCCAUAGAGGAAGGCAUCGCUGCAGCCACAAUGUUUAUGCCAGAAACGGAGAAUGAGUUGAGCGACACCCAGCUGAGAGUGGCGUUUGAUGGUGACGCCGUCCUCUUCUCAGACGAGUCUGAGAUCAUCGUGAAGCAACACGGCCUGGACACUUUCUUUGAGCACGAGAAGGAGUUUGAGAACAAGCCUCUCGCACAGGGUCCUUUAAAGUGUUUCCUGGAGGCUCUGGGGAAGCUGCAGAGAAAGUUUUACGCCAAGAACGAGCGCAUCACCUGUCCCAUCCGAACCUACCUGGUGACGGCCCGCAGUGCGGCCAGCUCCGGGGCGCGCGUCCUGAAGACACUCCGCAGCUGGGGCCUGGAGAUCGACGAGGCUCUCUUCCUGGCCGGGGCGCCCAAAGGGCCCCUGCUGCAGAAAAUCAAACCGCACAUUUUCUUUGACGACCAGAUGUUCCACAUCGAGGGGGCCAAAGAUCUGGGAACCAUAUCGGCACACGUCCCCUACGGGAUCGGACAGAAGUACCACAAGGAGAAACUCAUUGAGCAGCCCGCGAAAAAGGAAUAACGUAAAACUACGCUCUGAAAUAUAAUCUUGCUUUCAUGAAAAAUGAUCUGUUAAAAGAACACCAGCAUUUUUAUAGGAUUGAGGUCAUUCUUUGGUAACGCCGUCGACAACGUUUCCUAUUCUUUGGGGUUUUAUGAAAUAUUUUCUCCGGUUUUCUUAAGGAUAAGGUUUUAUUGAUUCAAAUCAAGAGUUAAACUCGGGGCCACAAACUAUUUCCCCGAAUACUGUUCUGAAGUAGACGCACCAGAUCACCUGCCGAGGCCUUUUAACUGCACUGUCUGUGCACCUUUUGAGAGAGCGCUUUUUCUUUUUUCUUUUGAGGUUUAUGUCAUUUUCUUGACAGUUUUAUACAAUAAGCACAUCAUUUUAUUUAUCUUGGUUUUAGCUGUUUGUCCUUGGCACAAUUAAUACGACCAGGGCGGGAGAAUAUAUCUGUUGUAGUAGUUUUUGUUCUGCAUUGGCUCUUUAAUAGACUUUCAAUUUACAAUUUACAAAAUUGUUUGGUCUCUGGUAUAUUUUUUUUUUAGGUAUAUUGGUAUCAGCUAUUAGUUUUAAAGGAGCACUUAUAAGGGUGUCGGUGCCUUACAGGGAACACUGACGCUGUUUUUCUUGGUUACUGUGUUGUUUAACAAUAUUAAACUUAGUCUUUAUAUUUCUCCUCAAACCUUUUUACUGUGUUGUUCUGUGAGUUGUUUACGCUUGUACACUGUACCUCAUUAUCAGGCAGCACACUAUAACUACACGUUUCUGUCCCGUUAUAGUACUUUUAUAUUGAACUGAUUUACAUAUUCUAUAUGUUUGCAAAUUGAAUUUGAUGUAUUUUUAUAUAGCAAAAAUAUGUAAAUGUUUCCCUAACUUUAUCUCUGUGGAGUGCUACACUUACACUUGUUUGUAAAUGUUCGUAUCAUGUCUGGUAACAUCUCCAGAUCGUGUGGUGUUUUGAAUUGAUUGUAAUUGUGCACAUGGAUGUUUACACUAUUUCACUUUUCUAUACUGCGAUUUCUCUCUUGCCUUUUGCGUGUUGAGUGCAGAGGAAUAAAAGAAUGUGGAGGAACCCCAA